GCCUGUAGGACCGUUCUGUCCAUCACAGCCCACGGCUUUAGGCAGCGCUGGAGGGCGCCCACCUGAGAAGCGAGCUGCUGGGGUUCGGGAAGCAGAGUCCUGGGCUGGACCUGAGGGCUGGACCUGGGCUGGCUGCAGCUCAGGCGUACGUUCUGAGGUAACAUUUGUGGAGCAGCCCCGGGGAGCCGACGUGGCGGGCCUGGCCGGGCCGAGCCGCAGAGGCGAGCCCUCGGAUCCGCAGGGCUGCAGAGGGACCGCUGAACCGAACCAGCUCGGAACCAAGCCUGCCGAGUGGAGCCGAGCCGAUCCGCCCUCCCGGGGCUUCGCAGCCUUCUGGCCGAUUCGCAGCUAGUUCUGUAGAGGUUUUUUGGCUAGGUCGUUUUAUAGGUCAGUCCUGCUUCUGGGAUCCUACCUUGUGUUGUGGUUAAGAAAUGUUUCACAUCACUCAGACUGGAUCACAUGACAAAUGUACCUACACUGUAAAUAAAUAUCUCAGUAAAUUUGAAGACUGGGGGACUUUACCUCACCACGUGAUAUUACAAAUUUUCCAGUAUCUUCCUUUAAUAGACCGAGCCCGCGCAUCUUCUGUGUGUAGGAGAUGGAAUGAAGUAUUUCACAUUCCUGACCUCUGGAGAAAGUUUGAGUUUGAGCUGAACCAAUCAGCCACUUCCUAUUUUAAGUCCACUCAUCCUGAUCUCAUUCAGCAGAUCAUCAAAAGGCAUGCUGCGCAUCUGCAGUAUGUCAGCUUUAAGGUUGACAGUAGUACUGAGUCCGCAGAAGCUGCCUGUGAUAUUCUUUCUCAGCUGGUAAAUUGUUCUAUCCAGACCUUGGGAUUGAUUUCAACAGCCAAACCAAGUUUUAUGAAUGUGCCAAAGUCUCAUUUUGUGUCAGCGCUUACAGUUGUGUUUGUCAACUCAAAAUCAUUAUCAUCCAUUAAAAUUGAAGACACGCCAGUGGACGACCCCUCCCUGAAGAUCCUGGUGGCCAACAACAGUGACACUCUGCGGCUCCUGAAAAUGAGUAGCUGUCCUCAUGUUUCAUCUGAUGGAAUCCUCUGUGUGGCUGACCACUGUCAGGGCCUCAAAGAACUGGCAUUGAAUUACUACAUUCUGAGUGACGAACUUCUCCUUGCACUAUCUAGUGAGACUCAUGUGAACCUCGAACAUCUCCGAAUAGAUGUUGUAAGUGAAAAUCCUGGACAGGUCAAGUUUCACUCUAUUAAAAAACACAGUUGGGACGCACUGAUUAAACACUCUCCGGGAGUUAACAUUGUCAUGUACUUCUUUUUGUAUGAAGAAGAGUUUGAGACAUUCUUCAGAGAAGAGACCCCUGUCACUCACCUGUACUUCGGGCGUUCAGUAAGCAGAACCAUUCUAGGCCGGAUAGGUCUUCACUGCCCACGGCUCAUUGAGUUAGUGGUGUGUGCAAACGGCCUUCAGCCCCUGGACACUGAACUUAUCUGCAUUGCCAAGCACUGUAAAAACCUGACAGCCUUGGGCCUGAGUGAGUGUGAAGUCAGCUGCAGUGCGUUCAUUGAGUUUGUAAGACUCUGCGGCAGAAGGCUCACCCAGCUGUCUAUCAUGGAGGAGGUUCUGGUCCCUGAUGACAAUUAUACCCCAGAUGAAGUUCACACUGAAGUUUCUAAGCACCUGGGAAGAGUAUGGUUCCCAGAUGUGAUGCCUAUCUGGUAACCAGCUACCAAAGGUUCCAAAUGUUGGUAGAAUUAGUUGUUGUCUGUCUAUGCAAAUGUAAAUUUUGAGAUGAGCUGCUGAACUAUUUUAGGUUAAAUAUUUACUGUUUGCCAGCUGUCUUAAUUGGUUGAUGCAGAAUCAUAUGAAAACAAUAUAACAAAUUUGAAUAGCCGGAAAUCUUUAUCAGUAGGACACAGAUACUAUGUGUUAAUUAGAUGGUUGAUAGGGCAGAUUACAGAUACCUAAGAUUUAGAUAGACUUAGACUUCUCAGUCCUCUUUGGAGGCAUAUUUUAGCUUACUAAGAAAUUUAUAUAAUUAAUAUAUAAUUAUAAUUUAUAGUAUUAGAUCUCUUUAAGUUAUGUAUUUUUAUGUUACAACCUCAUGUUAUUUUAAUUUCAUCUCUUUCAUUUUGGGACCAAUACAUGUGUUACAAAAUAUAUACUGUUAAAAAUCAAGGUACCAUUAUAGAGUUGUUCAUCAUUGUGCUUACAAAAUUUUUAGCAUCUUGUGAUUCAGUAAACAACUUUGAUUUCUAGAGUACUUUAAAUUCAUUUAACUUGUAAGGUAGUUUGCAUUAUGUUAAAAUCCAGUAAUACUAAUUCAUUUCAUAAAGAUACAGCAAAUAGAAGAUACUGUGAUUAUUAAUUGAACACACGGUGUGGGUGAAGAGGUAAGUUUUGCAGAAUGUGUUUGGAAAUCAGUGUUUACUAGCCUGCUGCUGUUGAUCUGGGACUGUGCCAUGUCCUUUGCACAUGUGACCUGUCAUUUAAUUAGUAACACUGGUGACAUCCUUCAUCAGCUUGCCCUUAGGAUGAAGAUGUAGUCUCGGAAAUUGCCUGGAUGCUCGGCUUCAUUUCCAGCCACUGUACCUGCCCUUUGCCCACUUCCCACCUCCUCUGUUUCUCCAACUGCCCUGCACUCGGCCACCGCAAAGCAUCUGUCUAUCUCUCUACCUGCUGCCUCUGUGCUCCCUCAGAUCUUUCCCCUGUGCACUUCCUGGGGGACGUUGUCCUCGCCGCUGUCCCUUUGCUCGCGUCCAGAGUACUCUGCUCUUCUUUGUAGACCCAUUGCUGUGCUGUGUGUGGUCUGCUUAUCUCGUUAUGACCGGUUUACUUCAUUGUGUUGUAAAUUCCACCAGGACAAGAUCACUGCGUGUGUGUGUGUGUGUGUGUGUGUGUGUGUGUGUGUGUGUGUACAGUUACUAUUAGAGGUCAGCUUUCAAAAAAAGAAACAUUUUUAUUAUUUUCCAGUUUUGAGUACUUUUCAUUAUCAAAAUGCAAGUAUCCUCACCUAUUAAGCAAUUAGGAUGCACUGUAGUUUGUAAAUAGUUUGGGAAAUAGACUUAUUUU